AUGCGAGAGGAAAGCAGCGGUAGCAUGGAUACGGAAGUAACAGGCGGUACUUCAACCGAUGAUCAUCACAGAUGGGGACGAUUAUCUCGCAGUACUCGACUUAUUAUUAUGCUAACAAUGACAUUUGCAUUUUUUGCUGUUGAACUGUCAUUUGGAUAUUUAUCACAUUCAGUGGCACUUGUUGCAGAUUCAUUUCACAUGCUAAGCGAUGUUAUGGCAUUAGCUAUUGCAUUCGCAUGCUUAAGGAUUGCAACCCAUUCAUCCAAAAAAAAUACCUUUGGUUGGGUGCGUGCUGAAGUACUUGGUGCUCUGAUCAAUGGUGUUUUUCUACUUGCCUUAUGCUUUUCAAUAUUGGUCGAAUCACUUACUCGACUUAUUGAACCACAAACAAUCAAGCAACCGAUCAGCGUACUUGUUGUUGGUGUUAUUGGGUUAUUUAUCAAUCUGACUGGGAUGUUUAUGUUUCACAGUCACGCUCACGAGCAUGGCGAAAAUGGCAAACAUGUUCAGGCACAGGCGCAGGUAGGUCGACGACAAACUCAUGUAACGAUUGAUGGUAACGAAAGUCAGCAUUUAAUGUCUUCCCACCAGGAGGCAGCAAUGGCUAUUGCGAAUCUUCAAGAAGUUCAUCCAGAUGAUUCUAGCCUUAUGGCACAGACUCGCAUGAAAGUAGACAAAAGUAAAGAAAAAAAGAAAAAAAAAUUAUCGAAGCAGCUGAAUAUGCAGGGCGUUUUUCUUCAUGUAUUGAGUGAUGCAAUUGGUUCAGUUAUUGUUAUCGUUACUGCUCUUGUUUGUUGGCUUAUUCCUGGUCAGGAAGCUCUCAAACUCUAUUUGGAUCCUAGUUUAAGUUUGGCCAUGGUUGCUUUGAUGAUUGCAUCAACAUUUCCGCUUGUGCGUGAAACGGCUUUGAUUCUGAUGCAAACUACUCCUGGUUUCAUUGAAGUCGAAGAAAUCAAAAAAGAAUUGCUCAAGAUCAAAGGAAUAGAAGCGGUGCAUGAAUUUCACGUGUGGCGAUUAGUGGGUGAACGAAUUAUCGCUACAGUGCACAUCAAAUUCGCUGAUCUUAAAGCAUAUUUGGCAGCUGCUGAUGAAAUUCGUACACUGUUUCAUAAUAAUUGCAUUCACAGCACUACUAUACAACCGGAAUUCUCGGAG